GAAGGUUUUUAGAUAUGACAAUAUCGCAAUAUGGUUCAGUCAGGAAAGAACUAGUGAACAAUUUGGAUUGCUCUUAUGAGGAAUAUCGCUCAUCGGCUAUCCAUGACAAUCACCAUAAUAGUGGACCGCAAGCAGGAGUUACGUCAACGAAUUAAAGCACUUUCAGUUCCGAAUAACUUGAAUCUCCUGUUUAUUUGAAAGAAUCACAGUGAUAUGACGUAAGUGAAACUUAUUAGACGUUUUUCUUUCAUUCUAUCUACAUGAAGGAUAUAGUAAUAGUAUAAAAAUCAAUUUAUUCCAAUCGAAACGUCGAUACACAUUCGAAUGAUG